ACUCAUCUACGUCACUAUCGGAACAGUCCUAACCAUUGGAGAGCAAUUUCGUGGAAUUGUUAACGAAUAUUGUGUGAAUCUACGCACCAUCAAUCCAACCUAAGGGUUUAAUUAGUGAUCAAAAAUAUUUGGUGGAUAAAAAUGCCAAAAACGACAAGAAAGAAAGGAAAACGAAGGUAAAUAUUUGCGAUAUUUGUGGGUCACCCUCCUCACCUACUGACCCCUAAAGUUGAACGCAACUUAUAACCAGUAGAUAUAGUUAUAUUUCUUGUUAUUUGAAUAAGUGUAGUAUUUCGAUGAUAGUUAAGCCCUAUGAGCGUAAUAGUCUACGAGAGUUUCAACGAUGGUAAACUAGGGAAUAACGUUUUUUACCGUAAAGCGUUUUACUGUAAACAUUUAUCCGCGAGAUGUCGUUGUAAUUGGUCAGUGUCUGAUUUAAUCAUUAGACUUACUUUCUGCCACCGUAGAAGAUGCCCUACAAGUAAUAACUCUGUUUUAUUUCCCGAAUACUAAUAUAAAACCUUACCUAGUAAUAUUUUCUUGUUAGAUUUCUACUCUACUUUUUGUUUUUGUUGUUUUUUUUUCGUUUUGUUAAUAAAUCUUUCUUAGUCCCUUCUAAAGUCUUCUGUUGAACUUGAAAUCGAACGAUAUUGGUAAUAGAGCAAGAUUAUCUACAAUCUAAAAAGAGAGAUUUCGCAACUAGAUAGAUACUAUUAGGGAAGAAUCCAUUGAAUGAAAUCUGUCUUGAUGAACGGUGUUUUAAUAAAUGUAGCUUGUUUGGAGAAGGUAAUACAAGCUGAAAAACAAUCGAAUUUUUAUAUAUAACACACUCUAGAAAUAUUGAUAAGAACUAAUUAAAACAGCUAUUGCUAAUAAAAUGACAUUUUAUAUAUUUAUAUUAUAGAAAUAGCGAAAAGAGAAAGGCUAUGAGUAGAGAUGCUGCUCGAACUAGACGAACUAAGGAGUCUGAAAUCUUUCAAGAGCUAACCGCUCUCUUACCGAUAAAUGAAACGUUCAGGCAGCAAAUUGACAAAGCAGCAUCCUUAAGAUUAUGCCUAUCUCAUGUGACCUUAAGACAUCUGUUUGGAGAUGAAAGUCGAGCUGGCACCGAAGACAAGGUUAGCCAAUAUUGUUUAAGAAGUUUAGAUGGAUUUGUUAUGCUGCUAAAGAACGAUGGACAGAUUAUUUUCGUUAACGAAAGUUCGUUAAAAGAAUUAGGCCUCUGCCAAAUUGAUCUGAUUGGGCAGCAAGUUUUUGAAUUCAUUCAUCCUAGCGAUCACGACGAGAUCAACGAAGUUUUCAAGUGCUUAAGAAUUCCUAUUGAUAAUGAGAGGAAAGAGUUUUUCAUUCGAUUUAAAUGCACGUUAACAACAAAAGGAAGAAGUGUAAAUCUGAAAAGUGCUGCUCACAAGGUAUUUCGGUGCAUAGCCCAGAAUUUAAGAGUAAACAGCCAGCAUUCGCAAAAUGUGAAAUUUCUAACGCCCUACGUACUUAUGUAUGUCGAACCAAUUCCCCAUCCAAGCCAUGUUGAAACGCCAUUAGACGGACAAACCUUUGUAACGCGACACACGAUGGAUAUGAAGUUUAUCGAAGUUGACGAGAAAACAGCUGACUUACUUGGUUAUGAAUCGGACGAAUUGAUAGGAAAGUGCUUGUAUGAAUUUCAUCACGGCUCCGAUUGUGCUCAGCUGAGGGAACAUUUUAAAAAUCUGUUGAACAAAGGUCAAAUGAAAACGGGUUUAUAUCGUAUUAUUGCAAAAUACGGUGGCUUCAUUUGGGCUCAUACCCAAGCCACUUUACUCUAUGACAAAUAUGACAAACCUCAAUAUGUCUUGUGCGUUAAUUUCGCUGUCGGAUCUAUCGAAUAUCCUGGAAUUAUCCUAUCUACUGAACAGUCCUUGAAAAACGAAACAAUCUCUUUGCCAGACUUUACAGAAAAUGACGACUUACUCGACGAAUACUUUGGAGGAGACAAGAAAAGGGAAACACUGUUAAAGCCAGAGGACGUUGAACUGGAGCAGAGGGCGCCGUUUAUAUCAAUGGCUGAUGUUGACGACUACACGUUUGAUAUGGUAAAACCAUCUUCAAUUCUUGAUGAUUCACCAGAAUUGCUGGGUAGUACCGAAAUGAUUUUCUCCUCGAAACACACCGAUUUGGAGAUUGGACCAGAGUCGGAAAAGAAAUCUUCAAUGUUUGUCCCGAGAUCAAAAGCGUCCGAUGUCAUCUGUAAUAUAUACGCUUCCGCAGAGAGAGAGCAACAUCCAUCUAAAACGAAAAAGUCAUUGAGAGGCGGCAAUCCUUCCGACGAUUACGGAGGAAUACUGCAAAAAUUGUUGGUUAGCGGAAAGGACGAUGAGAACGGCUAUACACUACCGUCUUCGCAAUCGAAUAUUUUAGAGCUAAUGAAUUCAAUGACGCCACCAACAUCUCCACUUGAAUCGGCCAACUUGCGUGCGAAUUUCGUUGCCAGUAGUAUGUUAUCUAGUAGCGACAAUGGUGAAUUGUUUAACGAGGGACUGGGAGAUAUUUUGAAUUAG